CAGCGUUUUGUUGAUCAGCAACCCUGCAAAAUCACCCACGGGUUGUAAGUCAGUCAGGUGAUGUUUUUCUCUUCGUCUCAAAACAGAAAUCCCAUUUUGUAGCAAAAGCGCUUGAACUGUUUUCACAUCUUCGCACUUCUUCUCGUACGUAAAAUGGCUCUUCUGUCGGCAAUGAAAGGAAAGCUGAUCUCCGUCAUUGGAGAUGAGGACACAUGCGUCGGAUUCCUGCUUGGCGGAGUGGGUGAGAUCAACAAGAACCGUCACCCCAACUUCAUGGUUGUCGACAAAAAUACUGCCGUCAGCGAGAUUGAGGAUUGCUUCAAGCGCUUCAUCAAGCGCGACGAUAUCGACAUCAUUCUGAUCAAUCAGAACUACGCCGAGCUGAUCCGUCACGUGAUCGAUUCGCACACUGCACCCACCCCGGCGGUGCUGGAAAUCCCAUCCAAAGACCACCCGUACGAUGCUAGCAAGGAUUCGAUUCUGCGUCGCGCUAAGGUAAGUGGAGCGGAAUCUUGUCGCCCGUUUCCUGUGCUGCGGGUUGUCUAACGAUUGUGCAAAUUGGACCUAUCUUCUCUUUGUAGGGUAUGUUCAAUCCGGAAGAUAUGAUUGCUAACCGCGGUUAGAUGGCCUGUACAAAAGGGGAUCAAGAGAUGGGACGUGCAGUCGGCGGUAACUGCGGCCGGAUUGCGUAUUUUGAACCUCUCCCAUUAACAGCCAUGUAGUAUUAACGCUCCCCCUCCCUCUUCUCGUGUACAAUACGAUCGUGUGUUGUUUGUGUUUCCCACCCAUCGUUAUGUUGUUGGCAUUCCAAGGAUCAAAAGAAUAAAGGAUCAUUUCAGCUGUGUA